GCUUGUGGGAGGAACUUUUUAACCAUACUUUUAACAUGUGAGGGAGUCUAAACACAAUGAUUUUCUAUGAAGAGAUACACUAAGUCAAUUUACUUUUGUGAUUCUUUCAGAUAAAGGAUCUACCCACGAUCAGAAAAUAUGUCACUGCAAAUGGUAACAGUCGGUAAUAAUAUAGCCCUAAUUCAACCAGGCUUCUCACUGAUGCAUUUUGAUGGACAAGUUUUCUUCUUCGGCCAGAAAGGUUGGCCUAAGAGAGCCUGCCCCACUGGUGUUUUCCAUUUUGACGUAAAGCAUAACCAUCUCAAACUGAAGCCUGCAGUUUUUUCCAAGGAUUCCUGCUAUCUUCCUCCUCUUCGCUACCCAGCCAUUUGCACAUUCAAAGGCAGCUUUGAGUCUGAACAACAUCAAUACAUUAUCCAUGGGGGAAAAACGCCAAACAAUGAGCUUUCAGAUAAGAUUUAUGUCAUGUCUGCUGUUUGCAAGAACAACAAAAGAAUUACUUUUCGCUGCAUAGAGAAGGAUUUAGUAGGAGAUGUUCCUGAGGCCAGGUAUGGCCAUUCCAUUGAUGUGGUGUAUAGUCGGGGGAAAAGCAUGGGAGUUCUUUUUGGAGGACGUUCAUACGUACCUGCUGCCCAAAGAACCACAGAAAAAUGGAAUAGAGUAGUUGACUGCCUGCCUCAUGUUUUCUUGGUGGAUUUUGAAUUUGGGUGCUCUACAUCAUACAUUCUUCCAGAACUUCAGGAUGGGCUAUCUUUUCAUGUCUCCAUUGCCAGAAAUGAUACCAUUUAUAUUUUAGGAGGCCAUUCACUGGCCAAUAACAUCCGCCCUGCCAACCUAUACAGGAUAAGGGUUGAUCUCCCCCUGGGCAGCCCAGCUGUGAGUUGCACAGUCUUGUCAGGAGGAAUCUCUGUCUCCAGUGCAAUCUUGACUCAAACUAGCAAUGAUGAAUUUGUUAUUGUUGGUGGCUAUCAGCUUGAGGAUAAAAAAAGAAUGGUCUGUAACAUUGUCUCUUUGGAGGACAACAAAAUAGAAAUUCGGGAGAUGGAGACCCCAGAUUGGACCCCAGAUAUUAAGCACAGCAAGAUAUGGUUUGGAGGCAACAUGGGAAAUGGAACCAUUUUCCUUGGGAUACCAGGAGACAAUAAACAGGCUGUUUCAGAAACAUUUUAUUUCUAUAUGUUGAAAUGUGCUGAAGACGAUGUGAACGAAGAUCAGAAAACAUUCACAAACAGUCAGACAUCAACAGAAGAUACAGGGGACUCCACUCCCUUUGAAGACUCAGAAGAAUUUUGUUUCAGUGCAGAAGCAUAUAGUUUUGAUGGUGAUGAUGAAUUUGACACCUAUAAUGAAGAUGAUGAGGAAGAUGAGUCAGUGACAGGCUACUGGAUUACAUGCUGCCGUACUUGUGAUGUGGAUAUCAACACGUGGGUACCAUUCUAUUCAACUGAACUCAACAAACCCGCCAUGAUCUACUGUUCUCAUGAAGAUGGGCACUGGGUCCAUGCCCAGUGCAUGGAUCUCGCAGAAAGCACGCUCAUUCAACUAUCGGAAGGAAGCAACAAGUACUACUGCAAUGAGCAUGUGGCAAUAGCAAGAGCACUACAAACCCCCAAAAGAGCCCUACCGUUAAAGAAGCCCCCACUGAAAUCCCUCCGCAAAAAAGGCCCUGGGAAAAUCUUAACUCCUGCCAAGAAAUCAUUUCUUAGAAGGCUAUUCAAUUAGUUUCGCAAAAGCCUUUGAGAUUCAAGUGCAUCAAAUUUUUAAACCUAUUUUAAAGAAUCAUAAUGAUGACAAAAAUUUUAUUUCUAUUUUUGUUUUCUGAAAUGCCUGUUUCCUUUAGUUACAUCAAUUAAGUUCCAGGAAAAAAUGCAUAUAACAUAAUGCUAAAAACAGUCACUGUAGAAUCUAUACAUUUUGAAAAUAUUUUACUCAAGGGCAUCUUAAAUGAGAAUUUCCAAUCUGAAUUUUCUUCUUUGAAGAAAUCUUAAACCCAGAAGAAAGCAGUAAAAUAAUCGAGGUAUAUUUAUAUCCC